AUGCGCGGACUUCGGGAUUACCGGAAUUGCGUGACAUUCGUGCUCUUCGCGACAAUAGAACCGUUGUGUGCAAGUCAAGAUGGCCAUUAUCAAGUUCAUCGACUAGAAAAAGAACAUCGUGCUCUGCGCGGUCGCGACACCACAUGCACAGCUGGGUGGUCUCUAUGCCCCGCAGCAGAAGGCGGCGACUGCUGCCCGAGCAAUUAUGCUUGCGCAUCAACUUAUUGCUAUGCGACAACAGCUGGACCAACAACUGCCUGCUCAGCGUCCGGCUACUAUGCUUGCGGAAAUGAUACUCCAGGAAUGUGCUGCCCAAGCGGUUAUAUCUGUCUUAAAAACGGCUUGUGCGAUCCGCCUGCGGGGCUAUCUACCACAUCGACAUGUCCACAAAGUUAUUUUAUGUGUCCGGCGUCUCUGGAUGGUGGUUGUUGUCCCAUCGGUAUGGGCUGUAAACCCGGGAACGGUUGCUAUUCAACAGAGCCUAGCACUUAUCCUGUGUCCAAAGAAGUCACCACAACUAACUCGGCUGGAAGUGAAAUCACUUCGUUGUUUACAUACACUACUGUCAUAACACCAUCAGCCACUGUUUUGAAAACGACCGCGGAUGCUGUCGCGGGCUACAAGCAGAGUACAAUUGCGAAGAUGGUAGCAAUCGAAACAUCUACGAGCAGUGGAGGCUUGAGUCAAGCCCAGCUUGGGGGCGUAAUCGGUGGUGUGGUGGCUAUUAUCAUUGCCAUCAUCGUGGCCGCCAUCAUUAUCAUGCGUCGCUUGAGAAAGAAUGCCAAGAUCCUUAAAGAGAGGCACGGAACAUCAGCUGCGAACGAGACCGUAACUUCCUCCAAACCUGGUGUGGCCGUGACGACUACGGUAACGGAAAUUGAUGUUUAUGGCAACGAGAUCGAUCCUCUAAUGCUCGAACCACCAAAAAGCACUCGUCCCGUACAUCUCCGUACACGUUCUGACUCAAGCGGCGACGGUAGAUACCCAUCGCCGGUUAGAAGUACAGGUUUGGGUUCAGGACCCUCAACUCCACCAGUAUGGCCAGGCCAGUACAAUCCCGUCCCAGACUUAGACAACGGGGCGAGGCAUCAUAGCGUUGAUUCGGCACCUGAGGGCCACUACGAUCCCGCUAGCCAGUAUCAAGUAUCUCAAAGCUCGUUGCAUCGUACUAGCUAUGAUUCUCAAACUUCAGGUCCUCAUACCAAUAGGCACUGGAGUUAUGCUAGUGAAGUCAGCGGUAGUGCAGACGGGCAGCAUGGAUACUCCGAACUCGACGCAAGCCAGGCUGCAGCUGCAAGGAGGCGAGCGAGUAGUGGUGCAAUGAGGCCGGCCGCUGCCCAUAUUCGACGCAGUAGUGAUCCUCACCAACGGGGACGCAGCGAGAGCAAUGGGCCAGCGGUGGCGCUGUUAUCCACUCUUAAUGAAAUUAAUGAACUUCACGGCUACUACGGUCCCUCGAACAAGCAAGUCGGGCAGACCGCCGCAAGACCGCACUCCGGAUAUUCGCCAAGCACACCUGAGAAAUAA